UCACCGAGAAAUGUUCUGUAUCUGAUCUGCAUCGCUUCCACCGCCACACUGGCGUCUCCCACAUUAUCUGCCCCGUCCUCGAAGACGCAAGUCUCAAGCACCACCUCUCGAUUCCUCUACUUUCUGCUCGGCCUUCUCGUCCUCUCCUUAGCCAUCACAAUGGGCCGCUCACGCAAAACCGACAACAGCCUCACAGACUCCAAUGGCACACCCGUAACCCUCCCAGCCUCAGCUCUCGACCCACCCACAACCUUCACAGACGGCCUGCCACUCCCCCGCAUGAUCGUCUUCGACCUCGACUACACUCUCUGGCCAUUCUGGAUCGACACCCACAUAACCCCACCCCUCAAACCCUCCCAAAAAUCCUCCUCCUCAGCCUCCGCCUCCGGCCUCAUAAUUCACGACGCCUACGGCGAAACCUGCUCCUUCUACCCGGACGUAGCCUCAAUCCUCCACAACAUCAAAAACCUCAACAUAACCCUAGGCUGCGCCUCCCGAACCUCAGCCCCCAAACUCGCAAACCAACUCCUAGGUCUCCUCCGCGUCCCAACAACCCCUUCCUCCACAGGUUCAGACUCCAUCACAGCCCUCUCCCUCUUCGAUAACCUCGAAAUCUAUCCCGGGAGUAAGAAAACACAUUUCAAAAAAUUACAUUCCGCGACGAAGAUUCCGUAUGAGGAGAUGUUAUUUUUCGAUGAUGAGAGUCGGAAUAAAGAGGUAGAAGACUUGGGGGUUACGAUGCAGUUGGUGAGGGAUGGAGUGAGUCGGAAAGAGAUUGAUCGAGGGGUGGAGUUGUGGAGGAAGAGGAAUGGGAGGGUGAAGAGGGAAGAUGGAGAUGAAGGAGAAGAGGAGUCAUCAGAGGAGAGCUGAGAGGAAAAGUCAUUGAGACAGCCUAAGGCAAGGGCUGGAGCAGGCGCAGGCGCAGGCGCAGGAAAGGAAAGGAAAGAUACCCAAUUUUAUACAGCCGACGGACGUUUCAGGAUAGAUUCCAAGACAAAUAGACAAGAUAAAAUAGACAAAAUGAAGUGAUCGAUCAC